AUGGGAAACUCAAACGAUAGAAUGGGAGCGAAUACUUCGAUUAGCAAGUUUUAUCUCGCUUGUAGCGAAGGUGACGUCGAUGCAGUCAAACGUUUGCUGUUAACAAUGAAGUUGAAGGAUAUUAAUCGUAUUGAAUCCAACGGCAGCACAGCGUUACAUGCAGCGGCUUCACGUGGUCAUUUAGAGCUUGUCCAAUUACUUCUUCAACAUGGCUGCUCAACUAUAACAGUUAACAGAAAUGGUAAAACUGCUGCGCAAGAAUGUUCUGAUGAACAAAUUCGUCAGCUAAUUGAGUCGUCACGAGCCACGUCGGUAAACAGUGACCAAGUGAAUGAAGAUGCUCCCAAUUCAAAAUGGUGCCGACUUUAUGAGAAUGUCAGCAAUGAAAAUAAAUCAAUUGUCGCAACGAAGAUUUUAAAAAUGCGUCUCAGAACAUAUUUAACUCAACAGUUUAAAAUUAAUGGACCAAGCCGAGCUGAACAUCUAAAACAAUCGAUUCUUCAAUAUAUAACAGAUGGCGAUCCUUCGGAUUUACUUAGAGUUUAUACAUUGGAAACACCUUUCUCUCAAUAUGCAUCCGAAACUGAGGUAUAUGUUAUGGAACUGUUAGUUGGUUUGAUGACAUUUAAAAAUAGAUUCUAUAUUGGCACAGUCUAUCGAGGAAUGAAAGUGUUGGCAAGUGAGCUGGUUUUUUAUAAGUGGACGUGCGAUCAUCCUACAAGUUUUAUUGAGUUGCGUUCGAUCAGUCCUUGGAGUAAGAAUCGCCAAGUGGCAGAGUGGUUUGCAGGACACGACUUAACCGAGAAUAAUAUGGUUGGUGUACUUAUGAUAAUUCAUUUUACUGAACAGUGUCAGACGGCUAUAGAUCUGACGCGUAUUUCACCGAGUACGCCGUCCCUUUCUGAAUAUGAAAUGGAAGAAGAGGUUGUAAUUUUACCGGGAACAUUCUUCGAAGUCGUAUCGCUAGAGCAGCCAUCAUCAAAUGAUUCUUCCGAUCUUGUUAUUAUGGAACUGAAAAACAUACCUGUAUCACAUGAUAUUUUACACAGUAUCAAAUACAAAUAUAUCUAUAGUUCUAUAGGCAUCGUUAUCCAUGAAGACAAUCCAUACAUUAAAAUCAUCAUGGAAAACAACAGUCAAGAAAUCGUCCUAUCACAAGAAACUGAAGAUCAUCCAUCAACAAAUGCACCAUCAUCGGAAUUAGGUUCCACAUUAACACUGUUAACAGUUCGUGAUUAUGAUAAAAAUCCAAAUAUGUGCGCGUUUGAAGGACAAUGCAUGUGA